UGUGUCAGUCGGUUUGCGGAUCAGUAUCGGAUCAGUUGAGUUGACCACCAAUCCGGCGAAGAUUGGGCGAUCAUGCUGAACGGAAAAUUCUACACGGGCCUGCCGCCCAAAAUGGUGGAGCGCCAGGCGGUGAAGGUGUGCAAUCGCCAGGAGUCCCACUUCUUCUGGCCAGACGAUUCCCGAGCGGAUUCCGCGGUGGAAACCCGGGCAAAGCGGAGAAACAGCCAGCAACUGGAGAAGCCUGUGGAUGGGAUUGCCUCCAAUCACAAUGCAUCCGCUGAAGUGGACACACGGCGAAUGUUUCACAAGGAGUUCGCCAGCUCAUCCAUACAGUUCUACGAUAAUCUGCAGUCCAAUCCUGCUAAUAAGCCUUCCGCGGCAAGGGGCUUACGCAGGGAAAUAACCCCAAAGCUAACUGAAGUGAGACCCCAGGAAUCGGAUAGCAAAACUGAGAACACCAGCACUAACAGUCGUCGCCAGCAGGCUUACAGCUCCAAGAUCCAAUUCUACGAUUACGUGAACGAAGCAGAUAAGCUGACCCAAAAUAAUGCCAGGCGACCCCAAAUGGACUUCAAUGACAAGCGCGAAGUGGAGCUGAACUCCAAGAACAGUCCCAAGCUGCAGGUCAAAAGAAAUGUGCGCAGUUUCAGCGUGGAGCUGGAACCCAAGGUCACCAAGAAGCCUCUCAACGACAGUCCCGAGUGGCGGCGGCCGCGUCCACUGCCCCUGCCCAAACGGAUACUCAAGCAGGCGGCACAGGAGCAGGAUCCCUACGAGCACGUGGAAAGUCGAGUCCGAAGAUUGCAGCUAACCAGGAGUCCCGGGCUGCCCAAAAAGCAUGUGACCUACAACGAGGAGGCUGCAGAGUACGCCUACUACGACGAUCGGGAGGCUCGGGAGGAUCGCGAGGAUCGCGAGGAUCGCGAAGAUCGGGAGGAUCGAGAGGAGCACACCUACGAAAGUCGCCCCCGUCAGCAGCGAAAUAUGCCGACAGGAAGUCGCCAGCACCAGCAGCAGCAGCAACGCUCUUUUAUGGAAACCAGUCGGACCAAGCCAUUAAAUAACAGCAAUAAUUAUGAGGCCAACGGCAGGGGCAGGAAAAUCUUGCCAAAAAUGCCACAGACCAAACAAUCCGGAGUGGCACACACGCACACCAUCGAUGAGGAGCCCCCCGUGCCCCCCGUGCCCUCUGACCCCCGCAAACACCUGCGCAGCAGCCUCUGCUUCAGCGGCGACGCUUUGAUGGUGGGCGGCACGGCGUCGCAGUCGCCGUCGACUGCGCAGGCGCGGCGCAGCUCAGCGGGGCAGAGAGUGAGCGUGGGUCUGCCGGACUGAGAGCUCCCAUUCGCAUGUGCACUUGGUGCAGCUACACAGGGAGAAAUGCAGUCGAGUUCGAAAUCAAGAGGAGGAAGCUGAAGCGUUGCAGCAUUGAGUGCGUAAAGUAAGGCAGCCAUUGUACAAGAAUUGUGUCAAAUGCGAAUUGACAAUCAUGAGGAUGAAAUAGUGUUGCAAGUAUUUCUCUGUGCAGCAGAAGCAGCGACAACAUCUGCAGCACAACAGCCACAUCCGCAGCAAGCUGAUGCGACAGCAGCAGCGUUUCAACCAUUUUUAGUUUUUACUUUUACGAUCACCUACAAAUCUUCGAACUCACCCACAUGCGAAUGAAUGAGUCGGCUUUUGUGAUUUCUGAGCGGUUGAAUAUACAUAAACAAACCUUGAUCUUGACUAACUUGUGAGCGAUGCUGUAUGUAUUAAUUUAGCUUUUAAAGCCAACGCAGAAUAAUCUAUAAUUAUAAUAGUAGAGAUAUGCUAAUAAACUGAUACCUAUAUAUAACCAAAUAAAUGUCGU